AUGGAAGUCCUCAAGGAAGAGAGAUUUGAGCUGCCCGUCUCUUCAGCCUCUGAAGCAGAACUUGACACUGUGGUUGGAUAUACUGAGGAUAUUGCCUUGGAUUCUGAGUUUGAGGUACUGCAGAGAAAUUUCAUGGACAAAUACUACCAAGAAUUUGAAGGCAGGGAAGAGAAUAAACUCUCCUACACACCAAUUUUUAAUGACUACCUUUCUUUGGCAGAAAAGUAUAUUGAAAGACGCCUGCUGGGGUAGAUUCCUGGAUUCAACAUGGCAGCUUACACAGAGUUAAAGCCCCAUAAAGAUGAAACGGCUGUUGACAUAUUCGACAGGCUGCUCACAUUUACUGACUUUUUGGCAUUUAAAGAGAUGUUUCUGGACUACAGGGCAGAAAAAGAAGGCCAAGGACUAGACUUACGCAGUGGUUUAGUGAUGACUUCUUUAUAUAAAUCAUGUUCUGUGCCAGCUAUGCAGAACAAUCUGCAGCACUAG